UUGUGUGAGGCGAGGAGGGGGAGUGCACUCUGGGUGGAAAAACUGGCGGUGAAGCAUUGAGCUGCUGGAAGCGGGACAACAGAGGGCACCAGAGACUCUGACUCUGCCAGAAAAGCAGAUGAUAAAUGAAGCGCUUGUGGAGCGCACGAGUUCAUUGCUGGGUUGCAGCGCUGCCGGGCUGUGGCAGCCGGCCCCGGGACAGCUGUGCCCCGCACCGACACCUGCGGCCGCCACGGAUCUCCUUCCCUGCCGAGACACUGCAUGUACCCUGCAGCCUUUCUGAGGACUCAACCCACCUGUCGGCCUCACAGGGAGCAGAGACGGCCCAACAUGAGCAACUGCACUGAAGUGGAGCGUGGCAUUGUGCUAUUUCAGUUGGUUGUCUACAUCCCAGUGCUCACUUUGGGGAUCCCACUGAACACAAUUGCCUUCUGGGUCUUCUGCUGCAAACUCAAGAGGUGGAGCGAGACCAAGGUGUACAUGAUCAACCUCAUCAUCGCAGACAGUUUCCUGCUCUUCACGCUGCCUUUCCUGCUGUAUUUUACCAAGUACAAACAUCCCGUAGACCGGCUGUGUUUUGCCAUACAAAACAUCUAUUUUACAAACAUGCCUAUGAGCAUCCUUAUCAUCACCCUGAUUGCGAUUGAUCGAUAUAUUGCAAUCAAGUUCCCUCUAAAAGCAAAGAUUCUUCGAUCCCCACUGAAAUCAGCUUCUGUCUGUGGCUUUCUUUGGAUAACACUGAUAAUUGUUUCCAAUUUGUAUCCACAACUUCACAGUGACCGGGAAGGUUGCUGCUUUCGUAGAAAAUCUAGUCAACCUAUGUAUUUCUCAUUAUUCUCCAGUAUCUGUGGGUAUUUUAUUCCUUUCGGGAUUGUGAUUUUUUGCUCAGUACAAGUCAUCAGAUGUCUAAAAAAGAAGAUGGCCAUGAACCCUCAUGAAACAAAAUUACUCCAGAAGGCUGUGCACAUUGUUUCUGUGAAUUUGUGUGUGUUCACUGCCUGUUUCUCACCUCUCUACAUCACACUGCUCUUGAGGUUUGCAUUGCAAGUUGCUGGAGCUUCUUCUCUGCUCUCGGGAGUUACAACCUAUGUUAAGAUCUCUGCAUGCUUAGCAAAUUGUAACUGCUGUUUGGAUGCAUUUUGCUAUUAUUUUGCAGCCAAGGAAUUUCCAGAGUUUUCUUGUAUGUUCCCCAAGUGUAUAUUUAUGAGGUCCAAGAUGAACCAAAGCGAAGAGUCACAGCCACCCACGGAUCAAGUGAUGGCAUAAACAAAGUGUAGUGCACGGCAGGUGUUAAGUGCCAUGAAGUUUUCAGGCACAGGGAAUAGGAACCACCUACAGUAUUUGCAAUUAUUGUAGGAAUAGGCAUAUGUGCAGACCCUCCAAAGGGUCUGAUGUUAACUUGAAUUUUGUCCUGCUGUCCUCAGUGACUUGACUCCAGCUCUGACUACUGUCUUGUAUCGUUGCAUCGCAGCUCCAGGCGCCUCCUGGUGACAGCUUGUCUUGGUUGGCUUCAUGGUCCUUCACUUUCAGUGUCUUCUGACUUGCAAACCUCUAAAAAAUUUCCUCCUGGGACUGCAAGCUCAUAUUCAGCUCAUUUAAACUUAGAGGCAAUUAACUUCCUUGGUGACAACUGACAUAAAGUUCCCCUACAAGUCUGUCACCAUGUAGUGACACUUGUUCAGAUCACAGUCUGAAACCACUGACUAGACUUUGGUCAAAUAAACACACAAAGGACUAUUCCCAGCACAGAAAGUAUCCCGUAUCCAAGCAUUAGAUCCACCUGCUUUAUGUCAGUUCUUUGGCAGACAAUGCGGUGGAAGCUGCAGUGAGCCACUGUGCCGUAAAACCAGAUGAAACUACUUAGGUCAUUCAGCUGAUAAUUUAUGUCCCAAUUUUCUUUACUGGUGUAUUUUUUAAUGCUCUGGCAUUACUGGUAUUUCACUGCAAACAGAGCAAGUGGCCUGUGUAUGUGACCAAUUUAAUCACUGCACACUGUUUAGCCCUUGUUCUGCCUUCUAAAUUCUCUUUUCAAAGACAGGAAAAGAUAUGGGAGACAAAUAGUGCCUGAUCUUAACAACCAUCUAUUCCUUAGGGAGAUGUGUGAGUCUUGUCAUCCUUGUAGCCAUCAACAAAUGUGUUGCAAUUAACUACCCCCAGAGAGCAAGAGGCUUCUUGACAGACACCACUUACUAUCCAGGCAAGUGGUGUUCAGCAAGGAAAAGGACUUCCACUUCAGAAACAGCACAAAGGGCGUUCAAAAACAUUUUUGGAUCUGGGAUUCCCUUCUGGGACCUUGCAUCUCGUUGCUUAUAAUGAAUGCAUGUUCCAAAAAGAUUACUAUGAAAUUUUUUAUUAUUUUGAAAAAAGAGAUGAAGAUUCAUAUCAAGCUGUUAACCUACUGUUAAUCUAGAAAGCAAACAAUGUGCUUUUUUUUGCAGAUCCAGUAAUGCUCAUGUUUUCUCCCAGUUGACAAGGAGAACUUGUUCAAUUUCCAAGGGGCUCCAAAUAGGUCAUCCACUCUGAAAUACAGAACAGCAAUGCUUUUAUACACGUGGCCUCACAUAAAGGUCUCAUGGUUUAGUGUAAGUGUUCCUUUUUCUCAUUGUAAAGGGGAAAUUAGUUGACUUCUCAAUCCCUGUCAUCGUUACAUAAUAUUUUCUGCUGUUUUCACUGAAUGUAUGAAAACAAAAAAAUCCAUACAUUUGCAAGUGAAAAUAAAGGUGUGUCACAGUAA